CGCCCCCUGGACCUGUAGCUCCGCACUUACUUCCUGUUUCACCUCAAUUACUUUUAGAAGUUUGGACUCACGCAACAGAUUGAGAAUGAGCGAGUGCUGGAAAGACGUGUUGUUACAAAUUAACUUGGGUUCAUAAAAUGGCGUUGGUUCGAGGGAUUCUCUACAAGUCUGUUCUUUAUCUUACGAGCUAGACCGUGUUUCCUGCCCCUCCAGAAAAGCUCCCCUACAGCGGGACCCUACUCAGCAUCAUGCCCGAAGUGUCGAAGAUGAAGAAGCCCGACGUCAAGGUGGUUCUCCUGGGAGACAUGAACGUGGGGAAGACGUCGCUGCUCCACAGGUACACGGAGAGGAAGUUCAAAGACACCAUCAGCACGGUUGGAGGGGCGUUUUUCCUCAAACAGUGGGGACCGUACAACAUCUCCAUAUGGGACACAGCUGGUCGUGAACAGUUCCACGGAUUGGGCUCGAUGUACUGCCGAGGUGCAGCCGCCAUCAUCCUCACUUAUGAUGUAACCAACUGGCAGAGCCUGGCUGAGCUGGAGGAGCGCUUCCUGUCGCUGACAGACACCGCUAACCACGACUGUAUAUACGCCAUAGUGGGCAACAAGGUGGAUCUCACAGACCAGAAAGCCCAGCUGUCCCUGGACUCAGAUGUGGAGUCUGAGGACAGAACUGAGAGUGAGGGGAAGAGAACAGAACCACAUGUCUUGUCUGCUUGUCCCACGCCUCCUGCCUCCCCUGCGUCCCUCUCUGGGGUGAUGAUCCAAAAACAGGUCACAACUGAGGAUGCAGCAGCUCUUUAUGGGAGGGUACUCCGCUACAAAGGCCUGGAGGAAACCAGCAGCCUGCCUGCAGAGAAGAUGUGCUUCGAGACGAGUGCCAAGACGGGCUACAACGUGGACACUCUGUUUGAGACACUGUUCGACCUGGUGCUGCCUUCAAUCCUGAGGAAGAGGAAUGAGAACCAGGAGUCUCCCACAGUGGACCUGGAGGAUUUCAGGGGGGGCAAUAACAAGCGGGCUAGAUCUUCCUGCUGCUAGUAUCCUGCAGAGGAAACAAGCAGAGACUCGUUUUUUUAUGAAGAACAAUCAACACCAAAUACAUACUGUGACGGUACUACUUAUGUGCUCUGACUGAGACCCCACAGCAUCAGUUACCUCAGAGUGCUCACUCUUAACACAAACACACAUUCUUGAUUCUGUGAAGGCAGCCAGAAUACGCAGCUAGCUCUAUACUCAUAGUGUCCAGUGACAUUUGAAGUGUUUGUAGGUAAGGAAGGGUAAUAAUAAAUGUGUUUGCAGUGGGUAGAAACAUUUCACCUAGAUGACUGAAGCUGCACUUGCCACCCCUGAGGUGUUACCAGGGGAUAAAAUGAACACACUUAAAAUGUCAAACACUGCUAUGUGCUCAUGUUUAAGAACUAGAACCACACAUUUUAACAGUGCUACUAGUUAGCGGGUCGGCUGAUUGGACUGAUUUUGUUCUGUUUGUUCUUUAAGGUUUCAUAGAACACACUUUUUUUUUUCUCAUGCUGAAAAGAGUUGUUUAUAUUUCAUUAAAAUAUAUGGAACUUUGCAAUGAAUGUAAAUAAUAAAUCACCCUGAUUAAUUUUUAAGUACAUGUGCAUCUCAAUAAAUAAGAAAUUUGUGAAAGUAUUUUUUUGUAAUUUAAUUAACCCUCCUGUUAUGUUGCAGGUCAAAUUGACUCAUUUUAAAGUUUAAAAAAAAAAAAUGUUGAAAGUAUUUUCCGCUGUGAAACUUCUUCUGCUUGGCUUAACAGAGAAAAUGGAAAUGGUUAAUUUCACACAUUUGCAAAACCCUCCUGCAUGAUUAUAUUACAUAGAUACUGUUUGUGGGUCUACUUGUUUCUUUGCAACGGUGUGACAUAUUUCACCCCAAUCAAUUUGUAAUGUAAAUAAAGCAAGUUUUUACAUGAA